GUUGAAGAUUGAGUGUGAAGAGAAGAAAGUGGGGUGCACAUUUGCGUAACCCAACAAAAGCCAAAUCCGAGUCCGAUUCCAACUUCCUCGUCUUUGCAUAUAAGACGGCGUCGUACUGGGUUAUCUUCCUCGUCUCUCUGCAUAAACUCCCACCUGGAUUGUGAUACGAGCUUACAUGAUGGGCAGCACAAAUGGCUUAACAAGUGUGCGGGGGAAUCAACCUCUAUUUUCGUUUGGGGUAAUUUCUGACGUUCAGUAUGCUGAUAUUCCUGAUGGCUGCUCUUUCCUUGGUGUUCCACGAUACUAUCGUCAUAGCAUUGUUGUAUUGCAAAGGGCCGUCCAAAGAUGGAAUGAUCAGAAGAAGCAUAAAUUUGUGAUCAAUUUUGGGGACAUUGUUGAUGGUUUUUGCCCAAAAGACCAAUCAUUGAAUGCUGUAAGAAGAGUUGUUGACGGAUUUGAGAAUUUCAAUGGCCCCGUCUAUCAUAUGAUUGGUAAUCAUUGUCUGUACAAUCUUCCCCACAACAAAUUAAUUCCGAUAUUGAACAUUCCAAGUGUCGAUGGUCGUGCCUACUACGACUUUUCACCAGCCCCAGAAUUCAGAUUUGUUGUUUUGGAUGGCUAUGAUAUCAGUGCUAUUGGCUGGCCUCAAGAUCAUCCAUGUACAAUCGAGGCUUUGAAAUUCCUUCAAGAGAAAAAUCCAAAUUCAGAUAAGAACAGUCCGUCUGGACUGGAGGGCCUCGAGAGAAGGUUCCUUAUGUUCAACGGAGCUGUUGGAAAGGAACAAUUAGAAUGGUUAGACGGCAUCCUUCAGGAAGCAACAAGUUUGCAACAGAAAGUAGUGAUUUGUUGCCAUCUGCCUUUAGAUCCCGGGGUAUCAACCAAAGAAGCACUUUUGUGGAACUACGAUGAAGUCAUGAGUGUGAUACACCGGUACAACUGCGUGAAGGUUUGCCUAGCUGGCCACGACCACAAAGGUGGCCACGCAGUUGAUUCCCAUGGAAUACACCAUAGAGUUCUUGAAGCUGCCCUUGAGUGCCCUCCCGGAACAGAUGCUUAUGGGUACAUAGAUGUUUAUGAUGAUAAGCUUUCACUCAAUGGUACUGACCGAAUGGCGAGCACAGACAUGCUAUUCAAUCCUCAAGCACACUUACAAGAUAAACGGCAUCAAGAAGUUCGUAACUAAUUCUUUUGAACUUUGUGUACGUUAUUUGGAGAUGUAUGAUUAUCAAUAAUAGUUACGCCAGAAGCUCAAAAGGGCUUGUUAAUUAUUUCCCUCUGCAUUGAUUUGGGAGAGUAGGCAAGCUUCUCAUGUUCUGUAAUCUGUACUCCUAUGGGAACGCUAUAUACAAAUUCACUAUUUGACUGUCAUUA